ACGCCCAGCUAACAGAAAACCUGACUAACCUGACUCAGUCAACUCGACUGUGCAUGCAUGUACGUAUAUAGACGUCUAUGUGGUGGCUAACGGCCGCACUGAUUAUAGAAGAUUGCAUAGCACAGUUUGAAUUUGUACAAGAUGCACGAUGUUGAACAUAAAUUACUACCUUGCAAACUAUACUACUGAAAUAUUGGUGGUGCUGGCGGCGGUGGUGGUGUUUGGACUAACACUUAUAGCUCUUCUUGCAAUACUAUGGAUGCUCUGUAAAUGUGGAGUCUAUUACAGCAUCCAAAGUCAUGCAAACAGGGUACGGGUACGCUCUAAAGGAUGUACAUGUACAUGCAAUUGCAAGAUCAUGAAGGUGGAAUGGAAAAACAUUCCUCCCCUCAACUCCUAUGUUGAGGCACCCAAUGAAGCACUUGAAGUUGGAAGAGACUCUCCAGAGAUCAAGGCCAUUCGAAUGGAUUUGAACACAUUGAAGGAUGCAAUUGAAUUAGUUGGUCUACCUGAACUUACAAUUAAUCUCUAUUCAAAGCAAGUAAUUUCUUUUUACAUUCAAAAUAAAGUUAUAGCAAAACAGAUUGACAGUAUUGAACUAUUAACUGCAGUCAUUCGAAUCUUACAGAUAUGUUCCCAUCAGCGUCAAAACUUUUACAUGUUCAUUAAAAGCUUAAGGCUGUUGGAUGAUGUAACUCAAACAUUUUCAUGCUUAGAAGCCCGAUAUUUCUCAUUGAUCCAAAUGAAAUUGAUUGGAAAGGUGUCUAUGGAGUGUGACAGAAAAUUUUCAAUUACGAUAUCAGUGAUAGAUAGCCGAGCUAUGAAAUGUCCAAGCAGAAAUUACAAUGAAGUAGAUCUACUCUGGAUUGCUUUACAACUUCGUGAUUGGAGAAAAAUUGUGGAUGGUAACAAAAAUAUUGGCAAAAUUGAAAUCGAAAUGCUUAAUAAACAUUCUACACAACCCAUAUAUGAAGUGAUUUCAUCUAAGCUAGGGUUCUUAGAAUUGAAAGUAAACUUGCCCAAUGAUUCGCCCACUGAGUACAAUAUUAGAUUCAGCCUGAAAAAGCUGCAUAUAUGGGGAAAUGUCGUAAAUGACUUUCAAUGCGACUAUGUUACUUUAACUAUCAAAAAUGUUCAUAGAGUGGGUGUUGCCACAAAGAAAGACCAAAAUGAUACCAUUGUUCGCGAGAGGGGAUAUUUUUUUAUGGUCUAUGAAAACGAAUUGACAGGUGAUAACUUUGAUGAGACCUGUGAGCAAUUUCGCAGAUCCCUUCUCACUAACAAUCAUUGUGAAACACUCAGGCUAAUCACUGAGAUUAUCCAUGAUGAGCUAAGGACACCUGCUGAGAAAGCUUUUUUCAUGUGUUAUCAUGCAAUUACACUAUCUCAUUGUGGUAAAGAUCAAAUCGCAAAAGUGCUCCUCUAUGAAGCAUGGAGUAAGGUGCAGAAUGGAACCAAAAACAAUGAACUACUUGCACAGGGAAGAAUCCGCCGUAUACUAGCUGGUAUAUAUGACAGUGAAGGCAAUGAAAGUGAAGCGCUGAAUAACAUACAGAUUUGCAAACAGGCAUUGGAAACUGCUCGUCCUUCAUGUGAAAAAGCGUGUAUUCUAAUAAGGGAAGCUAUCAUACUAAAGAAAUGCAAUGUUAGCGCAGAGGCUGUUGCUCAGUUAUUUGAAAGUGCACACAAAUGUAUCCUUCAGUGUACAGAUACAAAGCGAAAAGUUCUUAUGCUGCCAAUGGCUUCAAUUGAAAGAGCCUUAUUUCUCCUGGAGUUAAAACAAGUGGAAGAGGCGAAGCAAUGUUUAAAAGACUUUAAUGACUGCCCUCGAAUCAAAACAGGAAACAAUAUUUACCAACUAAAAUUUCUUAUUGCCCAGUCUGAGGUAUUUAGGCUCUCGGGUGAUUACACGAAUGCCCAAAGAUUUAUACAUGAAUCAGAAACUCUGGUCGUAUCUGGUGUGGUGAAAAUCACUCAAAUAGAAAAAGAAGAACUGAAAAUUCAUGAAAAGAAAACGAUAAUCGCUAAGAAACUGGAAUAAUAAUACCUCAACCACUGUAUACAAUACAGCUAUCGUAUAGUGUUCAGUGUAUUGCCCCAGGCCAUCUGCAUGUAUACUGACUAACAUUCCCAGCAGCAAACUGACUGUCACGGACUUAUUAAUUUAUUAAGAACUGGUGGAUACUUCUAGAAUUUACUAUAAAAUUAUAAUGGUUUAUUAAGUGUAAAGUUCAGUAAUUUAGUGGUUUGUGAUUGUAUUGUUUUUGUAGUAAGAUUGUGCAGGAUGAUUCUAGAAUUUAGUAUAAGGACUUGGAAAGACAAUUCCAGAAGUUUCUUUCAUUUUGUGUAUAAAAGUAGGACUAUAGAAUUAUCUGUAUUGUUGUUGCUUGAAAAGUCA